AUACAUCUUUCUCUUAAAAAAAACAUAGAUGUACGCAGUAUUUUUUUUAAAAAUUCAAUUAUCAAGAUUCCAAUGGUUGUGAUGCAAAUUAUCAAAAAAAAAAAAAAAUAAUAAAAGAAAUAACAGCAAAAAGAAAAAAGAAAAAAAAUCGAUGAUUCAAUACCCGAAAGAUGACCGGUUGCGAUCCUCGAUCGAUUGGACCCCACCCACCCAAGUUCCGAUCCAAUACAAAAUUUUAUUCAUUACUUAACGGGGCCGUCACAAGCCGUCACGGCCACUCAACCCUUUCACGGUACUCUGCUACCGUUAAAUCAUUUCUCUCUCAACAUUCUUCCAACGACGUCCCACUCCCGUCUUUUCCCCUCUCCCUAACGUCGUCGUUCCGCCUCGCUCCCCUAACUCUAACCCUAACCCUAACGUCGUCCUUCUCCCUCCUCUAAUGGCGUCCUGUGACGACGACUUCUCUCCUCUCCUCGGUGACGACCCCAACCCCAACAACACAACCACUGCCCCCACCAACCCCCACCACCUCUCCCACCUCCACCAGACCUACUCCACGGCCCCGGUUCACCGGUUCUCGUCGGCGAGACCGACGCCUAACCAGACGAUCCUCAACGCCCGUAGCCCCGAUAAAGUUGGCGCAGAGGAAGAGCAGGACGAUGGUGAGGAUUACGGAGAAGCAGCAGCGUUCUGUUCGAAUCCGUUCGAGAACGAUAGCGAUCAGAACGGAGGUAGCGUUGUUGUGAGCGAGAAGAGGAAGGAACGUCACCAUCAUCAUCACCGCGACGAACAGCUGAGCGAUGGGGGUGGAUCUGGAGGUCCGUACAGUUAUAAGAAAGCGAAGACCACUUCGGCUUCGGGCACUUCUGGUGGAGGUGGAGAGUACAGGAAGGAUCGGGAGGAGUGGAGUGACGCGGCGAUUGCAUGCCUUUUGGAUGCGUACACCGACAAAUUCACUCAGGUGGACAGGGGUCAUCUGAGAGGGAGGGAUUGGGAGGAGGUGGCGACCAUUGUGAGCGAGCGAUGUGAGAGGCAAACCAAGAGCGUGGAGCAGUGUAAGAACAAAGUUGAUAACUUAAAGAAGCGUUACAAAUUAGAGAGGCAGAGGAUGAACAAUGGAGGCAUUUCAGGAAGCCAUUGGCCUUGGUUCAAGAAGAUGGAGCAGAUUGUUGGGAAUAACUUGCCCAUAAAGGUUGCAUCUGAUGAUGACAAGGGUGCCAGUUCUUCUGGCAAUACGCCUCGCCAAUCAAAGAGAUAUGCUUUGACAACAGGCAGUUCUGCUGGACAGAUAGUUCAUGUGAAGCCCAAGGCAACAAUGAAUCCUAGAUGGCGUAGAGUAGUCUUGAAAAUUAGUGGUGCUGCUCUUGCCGGUGCUGCACCAAAUAAUAUUGACCCAAAGGUGGUCAUGUUGAUUGCUAGAGAAGUUGCAAUGGCUGCUCGUGUUGGCGUGCAGGUGGCUAUUGUGGUUGGUGGCAGUAACUUCUUUUGCGGAGAUACAUGGGUAAAUACAACAGGUUUAGAUAGAACUACAGCCUAUCAAAUUGGUAUGAUGGCUACUGUGAUGAACUCGGUAUUACUUCAGUCAGCAAUAGAAAAGAUGGGAGUUCAAACUCGUGUCCAAACUGCAGUUUCAAUGCACGAGGUUGCUGAACCUUACAACCGACAGCGGGCAAUCAGGCAUCUUGAGAAAGGGAGAGUUGUAAUAUUUGCUGGCAUUGGUGCUUCCACAGGAAAUCCACUCUUUUCAACAGACACAGCUGCAGCUUUCCGAUCUUUGGAAAUUCAUGCCGAGGCAGUUCUCAAAGGUACCAAUGUUGAUGGUGUCUAUGACUGCACCUCUCAAGAUAAUAAUUUUACAUUUGAGCACAUCACUUUCAGAGAGUUGGUUGCCAGAGGUGCCACAUCGAUGGAUGCCAUGGCACUGACGUACUGUGAAGACAACAGGAUUCCCGUUGUCGUGUUUAACCUCUUAGAGCCUGGAAACAUCUCAAAAGCUCUAUGUGGAGAACAAGUUGGUACAUUAAUUGAUCAUACAGGAAGAAUUAGCUAAUAUUUAUUUGUAGAAAGGACUAUUUGUGUUCUGUUGUAUUAUUAGUUGUUGUAACUUUAAAAUGCUUUGUAGAAUUCAAUUGUGCUCCACAGGACCAUAUUCCUCUCAUCAUCAUUGGGGUUUCAGUUGUCUCGAAGCUGGUAAGUGUAUGUUUUUUUAUGUAGUUAUGUAUAAAAUAGUGCCUGUUGUGUACAUGAGAGGGGUAGAGUUAGGGUCCUAACAUGCCCAAUGCUAAUUGUUGUUACUUCAAUGACCUGUAGCUUGGUCUUAUUUUCAAUUUCAGUUUGUAAAUUGUCAAUAAGAAUGUAGAUGCAUUUUUACCUCA